UUUCAACAUGUCACGAGUCCGGCGGCAGGGACGGAAUACACGGCGCGGUUUCUAACUGUCACGGGAAGGCAUCUGUACACGAAAAUGACCUUAUUGUGAAGAAUGGCAACCUCACACCUCCUCGACCGCCGGUGUCAUUGAGUUGAAGCCCUUGAAGUUCCUCCUGGAAGCGCUCGGUAUGUGUCGGUUUGUUGGCAAAUCAUAAUUAUCGACUACCAUCACGUGGGUGCCCAUACGGACGGCUAGACCUUUGUCAUUCAACUCCGCACGAGCGAGUUGUAUUGGGAAUAAGUCUGCUGGAAGCAUAAUAGAUAUGCGGAAGUGGAUGUCGAAAUCAGCGGGCGCAUCCUUCCAUGGCUUCGUAUCGUAGUCUACCUGGUAGACUGUCUACGAUUCUUGUUGCAUGGUGUGUUGUGGAUGCGAAGCCCCUCAGAUCUCUUGAUAUUCCGCGGGCCUUUCGGCUAUCACCUUCGGAAGGAGAGAGAAUAUCGCCGGAGCGCGGACCCAGGUCGUGCGAAAGUCGUUUCGGCGUAUGUUUCCCACGUCGGCAGCGGGUUCGACCUGUAUUCGCGGAUCCACCCGGACGACGACCGUCUGAGACAUACAUUUGUCCUUCCAUGAGUUUGUGUUCAUUACUGAAUCGAAAACAUUCCAUUUUGAAUCGUGCGAGUCCCAAGAUGUGGAAUGCGGAUCAGACCGCAACGCUUUCGAUGACGACCAUUGUAGAUGGAGGAAGAAUGGGAAUAAUCGACCGAGGACGAGAAACUCGUUUCUGUAGGCGUUCCGCGACCCCCGAAACAAUCAUCAGCAGCCAGCACCGCCCCCGCAGUCCCAGCUCGAGCCCUGUGGUCUUCUGAUUGAGAUGGCGACGAGUGGUGGAUAGAUUGAAAUCACGGCGAUCUUGAAAUGACCUUCAUAGCCCCCGGCAUUCUCGACUCAAAUUGGACGGGGUUCAAA